UUAGGUCACACACUAAGCAUGCUAGUACGUUGAUGCUUUUUGUAUGUGUGUGCAACAGACACUGAGCGUGCUCUAAGAUACGUUUUUUUUUUGGUCAACUAGGUGGCUUGGAGAAGGCGGAAUUUAUCUAGAAUCUAGAUGUAUAGCCUGAUGCCUACUUAUGUACAGCUUAUCCUGUUGAAGAUGAGGAAUAUUAUAUUUAUUCUGAGCCUACUGAUCAUUCAGGUCUUAAGAUAUACACCACAUUUCAGAAGCCUCAGUUUGUGGCUGGAAUAUUUCUUUUGGCUAGUUACUGGUUUCAAAUUCCACCCCAAGUGUCAUCAUAUUGUAGCAUAUCCUGUAGAUAUCAGCUGUGCUUUCCAAAAAGAGAAAAGUAUAUUCCCCUUUGCAUAUAGAACACAUGCUCAUUGUGAUAGUAAGUGUAUGUGUUUUGCAUGGCUGGUAGUGCAGUGUGUGUGCCUGUGUAUGAAAUGACCAGUGGACCUUGAGUGUACAUGCUUGAGUGAACAGCAGUGUGUCAGGAACUGUGUGUAAAAGGAAGUCAGAGUAUAGAGAACAAGUGGCUGGAGUAAAGAGCAUAAAGAUGGACGAAUAAAAACAUUGUGUUUAUUGAAGCUCGUGUUGUUUUAGUCUAUUACAUGGUGUCAGAUGGACCGACUCCACCCGCCACAACCGCUGGAAUUAAAUGGCAACGUAGCAGAAAAUUGGAAAAGGUUCAAACAAUCCUUUCAGAUAUAUUCGAUAGCAAGUGGACUGGAUACAAAAAGCAGAGAAGUACAGUCUAUGACAUUAUUGCAUGUGAUCGGCCAAGAAGCAGUGCAAGUCUAUAACACUUUCCAAUGGACGGACAAUGAAUGUAAUGAAUGUGAGAUUAGCAAGUCCUUCAAUACACUUCACUGCAUUCUUAAUAAGUUCGAGAAGUACUGUCUACCAAGAAAAAAUGUUACCAUUGAAAGACGUGUUUUUUUCCAGCGUUCUCAACAUGAAGGAGAGUCAUUUGACAACUUUGUCACUGACAUCAAACUCAAGGCAAAGACAUGUGAGUUUGAUUUGCUUAAAGAUUCCCUAAUAAAGGAUAGGAUAGUUGGUGGCAUAAGGAAUGAGAACACCCUAGCAAGACUUUUGAGAGAACCAGAUCUAGACCUUAACAAGGCAGAAAAUAUAUGUCGGGCAGCUGAGGCAACUGAAUGGCAGCUUAAACUCAUGAAUGAAGAAAGUGGGGUACACGUUGUGAAUUCAGCUACCAAUAGCUUUAAAAGAACAAAAGGAAAUGUGAGUUGUAGCUAUUGUGGCAAGGAACACAGACCACGUCAGUGCCCAGCUUAUGGGGAAACCUGUCACAGAUGUCAUA